AUGGCAGACAAUCUUUGUGGUCCAUCUAAUGCUUUGCAGAACUUCCAAAAGCAUUCGAAUGUUGAUCGCACUCUACAACAAGAUCGAUUAGUUGGAAGAGCGCCGUCGUCGCAAGGCUUUCGAGCUUCUCCAGGUCCAAAUGCAGGUCAAGGAUGGGCUAAUGAUUUCCAAAAUAUGAGCAUAUCUGGUCCUCAAGCGCAAUUUCAACAACAAGGGGUAAAUCAAACCAUUCAACCACAAAUGGGAGCAGGAUGGCAUCAGGAGUUUGCGCAAAGUCAUGGAGCCCCGGGAAUGAUUGCGCAAGGAAACCAACCUAUCAUGGCAAUGAAUCGCCCUUCUAUGAUGAAUGCCGGAUAUAAUCCAAUGCCUAGAGUUCUUAUGCAACAAAAUCAGUUUGCAUCUACGAGCCAGUCAUUGGUAGAAAACAAUGAAGUCUUUGAUGAAGCGGCAUUCGCCAGAGCUUUUGAACAAGCAGCUAAUGCGGAAAGUGAAAGGGCGCAACAACAGGAGCUAGAGUCACAAGCUGCUAGUGUCCAACAUGAAGAGACUCACACUAUGGAUCAUCUACAUGUUACAAAGGAGGCAGAAUCAGAACUCGAAAGAGCGGAGAAGCAACUACUCGGCCAAAGCUUACUCGGCGCAGAUACCAUUCAGGAUCCCGCAACCGCUACAUCAGAACAAAAUAUACAUGCACCGGAUGCGCUAUCACGUACAGCUGGUGAACUUUUAUCUAGUGUUAGUAAUAACCAAAGCGAGAAGUUUCAGAAUAGCCAGUUUCUACAACUCAUGCGACAAUUUCGCGAUAAGGAGGUUACGGUUGAGGGGGAUGAAGUAGUAGAUGGGCCCAUGAAAGCUAAAAAAGGCGAUCGUAAGGACGGAGGUGGACAAGAAUCUUUUGAAAUGAUCAUGAAAAUGGCACAAAAAACUGGAGAAACAGCUAUGAAUGUUCAAGCUAUAGCUGCCCUCUCAAACGCAGAACACAACGAGCAAAAGAAACUCGCGCGCGAGAAGUAUCAAAGUGCCGAGGAAAAACAAAAGCAACAUAUAGCUCGGGAUCGCUUAACUCAGAUUAUGAAAAUGCUCCCGAAACAGGAUAAAGAGACUGCAGGCUUUGUCCGGACUAUGGGGGGGAUAGAGAGCAGGGUGUGGAGGGUUUGGGAGAUGGUGAGGGGGGAGGGGGGUGUUGAGGAGGGAGAUAUUGAGGAGGAGGAUGUUGAGGAGGGGGAUGUUGAGGAGGAGGAUGUUGGGGAGGGGGAUGUUGAGGCGGAGGGAAUAUUGAGGAGGGGGAUCUCUGGGAGGGCGGAUAUUGGGGAGAGGGAUGUUGAGGAGUGGGGUAUUGAUCUUUUGACAUAUCUACAGAAGAAAGAGCAGCGGUACGAAGUCUUCAAGAAUAGUGAGGUGGAAGGAGGAUAUUGGGGAGUGGGAUAUUGA